CUGCCCGCGGCCGCCCAGGGGCACUGCCCGCACUGGGGGUCCGGCCGCGCCGGGGAGCGGGGCUGAGUCGAGCCGGUGUCGCCAUGGGGGUGGAGAUCGAGACCAUCUCUCCGGGAGACGGACGGACAUUUCCAAAGAAGGGUCAGACGUGUGUGGUGCACUACACAGGAAUGCUACAGAAUGGAAAGAAGUUCGAUUCCUCCAGAGACAGAAACAAGCCUUUCAGGUUCAAGAUUGGCAGGCAAGAAGUCAUUAAAGGAUUUGAAGAAGGCGUUACACAGAUGAGCUUAGGACAAAGAGCAAAGUUGACCUGCACACCUGAGAUGGCCUAUGGAGCCACAGGCCACCCUGGGGUCAUACCUCCCAAUGCCACGCUCCUCUUUGAUGUGGAGCUUCUCAGGUUAGAGUGAACCUUCCUGGGGGAGUUGGCUGCAGACAUCUGUUAAUAACCAUCCGUUCCUUCGCGCCGUGCCGGCGGCAGGAGGAAUCUUCACUGGAAUCCCAACCUUCCCUGCUCGAGCUGUCCCGUCAGUAGUGCCUGACGCUUGGUUUCCUAUGCCUUCCUUCUCUUUUAUAACUUUGUGGUGUCUGUAUUUGCCUUUUAUUAGAAGCUUUGCUCUGAGGAAAAAUGUCUCCCAGUGUAACAUUUCCGAGUUGUACAUUUUAUUUAAUUUGCAUGUACGAAGAAUUCACAGUGAUGACUGAAAAUAUAUAUAAAUAUAAAUAUAUAUAUAUUCCUUAUUGAAAAAACCACUGCCUUACUGUACACUUAAACCAAGAAAAAAUAAAAACCACAAAAGGUGCUCAAAAAUAAAAAAAAUCCAAUGUACGCCUUGUACAUGAACGGGCAUUAGCCAAACAGAGUUACCUGCGCUGCCACUUUUCUCAACUUGUACGUUCUGCUUGCUGCUGUUUUAAAAAGUUCUGUCUCAUUAAGAAUUAUAAGUAUAUAUAUAUAUAAAACAAUAAAAUCUUGAUACUUUACUGUUUCUUAUCCUGUUUUUCUCUUCUGGCUACCAGGAUGCUCUUGGCUGUACAACAGGUUCUUCAAUCAUCAACCCAUUUUUUGUUAAUUAUUCUUCUUAUAUUAAAUAUGUGUAGCUCCAUGCACUGUUUCUAUUAGAGGUGGCCCACUGGAAGAUCUCUGGGAGGGUAUCAAAGGUACCAGGGACAUGCAAGUAAGGGGUGCUGGGACAGUUUUCCUAUCUCUGCAUUGCCCCUGCCUCUAUGGCCCCUCAACUCUGGCCAAAAUUUGGCUGCUGAAGAGAUGGAAGGUGCUGCUUGUCAAAGACAUGCAGUGCUGGUCUAAUUCUGUGCCUUUACAACAGUAAAACCAGUGUAAUACUUUCUACUGGAACUGAGCAAGGCUAGAAAAGAGCAGGAUUAUGUGCAUCCAUCCACCUUUCAGAAGAAAUCUGAAGUGUGGGAUGAUGUGGCCACUGAACACUCGGGGGUUUUUAUGCUGCAUGAGCGCUGCUGUUUACAAAGCCUGCAAACUGACCGUGUGCACUGGGCCUCUGACACUUGAGACUCAGCAAUAUUUAUUUCAUUUGCUGCUUAUAUGAAUUCAUGAAG